UGGCGGCCUUGGUGCGGGAAGAUGGCGCCCGAGGCCCAGAGAAAGGGCGGCGGGGCUGCGAGCACUAUGACAGAGGAUGUCUCCUGAAGGACAUGUAGUCAUCAGCUGGGUUACUGCCAAGUCCAGGUUUCAUCGUACGGAAAGGGAAAAGGGAGCAUGAAGGAGGAGUCAUGCCUAGUUUCUUAAUAUUCAGACCCAGGAGUGGCACUGAUGUGUUCUGCUCAUAUUCUGUUGGCACCUUGCUGUGACAAGUUGUAUACUUGCCGGUUGUGUCACGAUAACAAGGAAGAUCAUCAGCUAGAUCGCUUUAAAGUAAAGGAAGUGCAGUGCAUAAACUGUGAAAAAAUUCAACAUGCCCAACAGACUUGUGAAGAAUGUAGCACGUUGUUUGGAGAAUAUUACUGCAGUAUAUGCCAUCUGUUUGACAAGGACAAGAAGCAGUACCAUUGUGAAAACUGUGGAAUUUGUAGGAUUGGUCCAAAGGAAGAUUUUUUCCACUGUUUGAAAUGUAACUUAUGUCUAGCUAUGAAUCUCCAAGGAAAGCACAAGUGUAUUGAAAAUGUUUCUCGGCAGAACUGUCCAAUAUGUUUGGAGGACAUUCAUACCUCUCGUGUUGUGGCUCAUGUCUUGCCAUGUGGACAUCUUUUACAUAGAACAUGUUAUGAAGAAAUGUUGAAAGAAGGCUACAGAUGUCCAUUAUGUAUGCAUUCUGCUGUAGAUAUGACUAGGUACUGGAGACAGCUGGAUGAUGAGGUAGCACAGACUCCUAUGCCAUCAGAAUAUCAGAACAUGACUGUAGAUAUUCUCUGCAAUGAUUGCAACGGAAGAUCGACAGUCCAGUUCCAUAUAUUAGGCAUGAAGUGUAAUAUUUGUGAAUCCUACAAUACUGCUCAAGCUGGAGGUUGUAGAAUUUCACUAGAUCAGCAAUGACCAGCCUAUACUGCACUGGAAAACUCAGCAUUUUCUGAUAGAAAAAGGCUAUAUUUAGAUCCUCUUGUCAUCAUGUGUCCAAAUCUAUGCAUUAGAGUUGAUGGGUUUUGUACUAGUGUCACAGCAUAAAGUCACAUUACAAAUACUUAAGGGUUCAGGGUCUCUUUAUAGAAUUGUCGUAGUUCGAUGUUUAAUGAAAGCCACUGUGCUGUGUUUUGAUUGAAAAUUCCUUUAGUGUCAGUUGUUUGGAAGCCAGUAAUGUUGCCACCGAGAUUCACAUCCAUAGAAAUGUGUUACACUUUCAUGGAACUUUGCUUUCAGUGGCACUGUGCACGCAGAAUUCAUUUCUAGUUGACAGAACUGUACUUAAUUCUCAGUAUUAUUCCUGACUUUUUAAGGGCUGUACUAUAAUAAGGAUAUGUUCUAUCUUACUGUUAAAUUCUAUCUACAUAUGCUUUAGAAUUUUCUAAGACAGUCCUUUGGAUCUUUAAAUGUGAAUUUUGACAUAAAAACUGCUAAUAAAAUUUUAUUGAAACAGUGUUUUAUAUAAAGUUUUUUCCAAGGCUGUCAGUUUUUGGCUCAAUUAG